UGAAACCUCAUAAUCGUACGGACCACGAGACCUUAUACUUCAACGGAAGUACAUUUCAAAACUUUCUUCAUAUUACUUCUAUAUUUCUAAUUCACAAAUCUGAGAUAAUAUCUCGGCGAUGUGGAAAGGAAUCUCAACAGUUGGCCAAUUGGGCCGGGUUGCUAGCCUGCAACCCCAAGGCACGCUCGCCUCAGCCGUGCAGGCCCGUAGGACCUUUACAACCAUCCUGCCCCGUCAAGCAGCCCAGCCGCAAGACGAGGAGGACCACUACCACGACCGCAACAAACUAAACCCACAGCGUACGGAAAGCUCUCAAUCAGGUACGACGGAUGAGGUCGCGAGCCGGGAUGAGGCAUUUGAUCCAACCAGGACCUCGCCUGAGAGCGAAAUAGGUGCGUCGAGGGAAGAGACUAGGAGGAAGGGCGAUGUUCGCGACCCAUUGGAUGUUAGUGGUGCGGAUAAAGAUGUUGGUGGUGCCAGAGAUCCGAUGGAGGGGGGUGCGCAGAAGAAUGUUGAUAAGGCGGGUCAUAGUGCUAAGGGAUGGCCAAGGAAGAAUAGGGAGACGAAGGCUGGGAAGCGAUAAGUCAAUUAAUUUGAUUUGGAAAUGUCCAUUUGUUUGGGAGGUUACAGGCUGUGGAUAGUCUGUAUGGUCGAGUUUAUGUUGGACAUUGGAAAAAUAUAUUUCUUACACUAGGGCAUU